AUGUUCGUCUUCACCGUCCUCUUCACCCUCGUUGCCGCGGCCUCCGCCUCGGCUACCGCCGUCGCCGAGCGCGAACUCACCCGCGACGAGGUCACCGCCAUGCGCGCCGCCUACCGCGGCCACGAUGCUCGCGCCGCAGCCUCGCUUGGCGAGCGGUCUCUCGAGCGACGCCAAUGCACCGAUUCCAGCUGUGACUGCAUAUACAUCCCGGAGGGCCUGUUCUGCGGCGACGGUCUUCUCAACUGCCAGUAUGGCCACGUGUACCAGUGCUCCGGCGGGAGCUACUCGUGUGACUAUGGCCCGCGUGACAGCUGCGGGGAGUGCGGCGCGCUCUCCUGCUAA